UACAGCUUUCUGUAGACUCGUUCAACUCAACUCAGUUCAUGAAGUACGAAUUUUGAAAUUAGUGUUACAGUGUAUUACUGGUUCUGAAUUGUUUGCUUUUUGUAGAAAUAGUGGACUUUCUGUGGAAAAAUUUGUUUUUAUGAUAAAUAUAUCAUGGCACAUUUUAAUCUUGAAAAUGAACUGAGUAAUGCUUUGAGACUCGAUGUUCCUUUGAAGCGAGGACCUGUGCCAAGAUGGCAGAGGAAGGCAAUGGAGGCAUCAGCAUCGGAUAUAUCUCUCAGUACUUCUGGCAAUACUUCGACUAUAAUGAACAUGACCAUGAAUAAGAGUUUAACCAAGUCUUCUAACAGCCCUAAGAAGGAUAUGGAUGAGUGGUCUAAACGUCUUACUCCUGGCAGACAAAAUGCAAAAAGCCCCCCAUCUAUUCAAGGAGACAGAUUUAUUCCUAAUAGAAGUGCUAUGCAGUUUGAAUUGGGACAUCACAUGCUGUCUAAAGCCAGUGGAGAGGAAGAAAAUUUAAGUCCUAACUCCUCUCACUAUCAAAAGACUAUGAGUGAAAACCUAAAUGGAGAUUUGUCUAAUUUUAGAAUAUUGGCUUAUCAGACUAAAGCACCUCAGGCCCCUACUGGCCAUGCAAAUGCCCUAAAAAUACUUUACUGCUCAUCAAAAAAUCCUGGCUCUACUCAAAAAGCAACUCGACACAUUCCACAAGCUCCUGAAAGGAUCCUGGAUGCACCCGACAUUGUUGAUGACUAUUAUUUAAAUCUGAUGGAUUGGAGUUCAUUAAAUAUCUUAGCUGUUGCAUUGUGUAAUUCACUGUAUCUGUGGAAUGCUAGCACGGGAGAAACUAAGCAGCUAUUGGACAUGCCAGAUCAAGAGGAUUAUAUAUCAUCAGUAUCCUGGCUGACAGAAGGUAACAUACUUGCAGUAGGUACAAGUAAUGCAGAGGUUCAGUUGUGGGAUGUCAUUGCUGAAAGAAGAAUUAGAAUAAUGAAAAGUCAUACAGCACGUGUGCCAUCAUUAUCAUGGAAUUCAUAUAUAUUGUCUAGUGGUUGUAGAACUGGAGCAAUCCACCAUCAUGAUGUCAGAGUUGCUGAACAUAAAGUUGGAACUUUGGCUGGCCACACACAAGAAGUCUGCGGAUUGCGUUGGUCGCCUGAUGGAAGACAUCUCGCUUCAGGUGGAAAUGACAAUUUGGUUAAUAUAUGGACGCCUAAUGCAGGAAUUGGGCAGAUGGAUGGGCAGUCUUUGCAUACAUUUAAUGAACAUCAAGCCGCUGUGAAGGCUGUUGCAUGGUGCCCUUGGCAACAAAAUAUUUUAGCCACUGGGGGUGGAACUGCUGACCGUCAAAUUAAGUUUUGGAAUUGCAGUUUCGGCUCGUGUUUAAACACUCUUGAUGCUAAAUCUCAGGUAUGUGCCCUUCUUUGGUCUAAAGAAUACAAAGAAUUCAUAUCAGGUCAUGGAUUUGCUAAAAAUGAACUGAUCAUCUGGAAAUAUCCUUGUAUGACCAAAAUCUGUGAACUGACAGGCUACCAAGUCGCACAUCGGCUUGGCAAUGGGAAGUUGCAUGUGAUCACACUCAGGCUGACACUCCAUUCACUUCAAUGCAGAUUCAAGACCGCCAAACACUUCAGAGCCGAUGGUCACAAAUCAAGAGUAUUAAAUCUUGCAAUGAGCCCAGACGGAACAUCGGUUAUAUCAGCUGGUGCAGAUGAAACUUUAAGGUUAUGGAAGUGUUUUGCAGUUGAUCCUAAAAAGAAAAAGACUGCUACUGUGAAAACGUCUUAUAGAAGUGAUAUAAUGAAACAAAGUAUUCGUUAAUUUCAAUAUUGAUUGAUCAAGACUAGUUAUUACAAUUGUGUAUAUAUGUGAUACUGCUUUUAACUUUUAAGUGUUUUAAAACAAAUACAUACUUAUUUUGAUACAGCUAAUGUAAGAAAUUUGUAUUUUAAAUAAAUUUUCAUUAAAUAAAAA